CUCGUCGUAUAUGAGUGUAAACUAGAGGGAGUCCCCUGCGGAAUGUUUAUCGAGGGGACGACCAGCGCAGUGUCCGCUCACUUGCGAGAACAUGGCAUCACUGGCCCGGACAACGCCAGCACAAGUUGCCCGUGGGCCGGUUGCUACAAGACACUCAAGAGGGGAGGCAUGACAAGACACAUCCUUACCCACCUCGGUGUCAAGUUGUGCUGCUCCGUGUGCGGAGUUGUGAAGUGCCGCCUCGACAUCUUUCGUGCGCAU